AUGCCACAGCUAUUCCGGCGAUUUUCAAGUAAGAAAUCUUCAGAUAUUCAGAUUGUUAGUCAUUCUAAAGGUAAGUCACAAGGUAAACGUGAGAAUAGACAACGAGCUGACUCGGAUUCUUCUGAAAAUGGAUUGGAUAGCUUUAAAGAGAUUAAGUGUCCUUGUUGUGGUACCCUUUUGCAAUUCCCCAGUGAUGUAAAAAGGUUGAAAUGCGCCGUUUGCCAAGUGACAACUGUGGUUCCUAUGAAAGGUGAUUCAAGAGUGAGUUCUUCUGGUAAAUCAAAUAUUACUAUUUCAUUUUCUGAACUGCAAACGAUUGUGGAUAAGUGUUGUGCUAAAAGAGCCAAGAUGAAGGCCGCCACGAAGGAAGAAUUGUGUGCGAUUUAUGAUCCAGUAGCCGCGUACCUUAAUGAAGGAUUUCAUGACAUAGAUAUAUUAAACAAUUCUUUUAAAACUUCUCAUAGAAGGCAAUUAAUUGAUUAUUAUGAAUUGAUGAACUUUUAUCAAUUAGUUAUGGAAUUACCUACAAGAAAUCCAUUUUAUAGGAUGUUAUGUGCAUCUAAUGACCUGUUAAAAAACCCACCUUACACAGGUGGCGAUGUCCGUUGGAUAUUGAUAAUAUGGGCUAAUCCAAGCAUUAAGAGAAGUCUUGUCGGUCAGAAGAAAAAUGGGUACGAUGCCCCCAAAAUACUUGCUGUGGCCUAUGAAUUGACGAAAAGAUGUAUUGGUUAUUUGGCAAAUAUAGAAUCACAAGCUCAAUAUGGGAAGUUGAUGAAACAUUUGAAGUAUAUUAGCUUGAAUGAAUUUCAAUCUCAAGUGGAACUUCUGAAUAUAUAUAUCACGUUCCAAUUUUCCCGAAUCCUAUACCGGGAUUUAAAGGCCUCUGUUAAUCCACAUAAAAGAACUUUGGUAGAUAAUUCUCCACUAGUACAGCCCUCACCUACUGGUAGCGAACUUUUGUCGAACGAGGAUAAGAAUGAUUCGUUAAAUUUGAAACAUGGAAAACCCGCUGUGGUGCAGGACUUCAAAUUCAAACCAUACGAAUAUGAAUUGGAUUGGCACAUUAGAUGUGCUGCCAAAUUGAUGCAAACUAUGAAUAAGGUAAAUGACAAACGUUACACGAUCACCAAAACUACUAAUUUGUCAAGUUUAGAAUUUUACAACGUAAUGCUAGAUUUUAUAGAUUACAGACAGGAUUUUGAGAAUUGGAGAACAGAUAAUAAAAAAUCAAGUAAAGAAACCCCCGUUACACUUACUGAUUUCCCCGGUAUGCCAAUGAGAAGAUUUACACUCUGCAGCUAUCCAUUUCUUCUUUCCUUGGGAGUUAAGAUAUCCAUUAUGGAGCACGAGGUUAGGCGUAUUAUGGAGUAUGAGGCAGAAAAUGCAUUUUUAACAUCUCUGGAUAAAGGUAAAGCAGUUUCCGUAUAUUUUAAAAUUAGAGUGCGUAGAUCAAACAUCACUAACGAUUCUCUAAGGUCAAUUGAGAAUCAUCAAAGGGAUUUGAUGAAAUCGCUAAGGGUUGAAUUCGUCAAUGAACCUGGUGUGGAUGCAGGUGGGUUGCGUAAAGAGUGGUUUUUGUUAUUGACCCGAUCAUUGUUUAACCCAUUGAACGGAUUGUUUAGCUAUGUGGAGGAAAGCAGAUUAUCAUGGUUUGCGAUUAUUCCCAUAAGAAGCGGUUCACAAGAUGGUUGCCCUGACCACAGCCAAUUGUACUAUCUGUUUGGCAUUGUCAUUGGGUUAGCGAUUUUCAACAGUACAAUUCUGGAUUUGGAAUUUCCAAGAGCUUUUUACAAGAAACUGUGCGGUGAACUGCUGAAUUUUGAUGACUACAUGCAGUUGUAUCCUGAAACAGGUCAAAACUUGAUCAAAAUGCUAGAUUAUAAUAAGGAAGAUUUCACCGAUGUAUUUGCAUUGACUUUUGAAGCUACUUAUGAAGACAGGAGCAAAGAACUUUUAGGUCACAAGCCAUGUAUUGUUUCGGUUGAAUUAUGCCGUAAUGGUAGGUAUAGAAAGGUUACGCAGGAAAACAAAUACGAAUUUGUUCAAUUGUGGCAAGAUUUUUUCAUGAAUAAAUCGGUAGAGGCGCAAUUUAAGCAAUUUGCGAGUGGAUUUCGUCAGGUCUUUGUCCUGUGUGAAUCUAUCAGAUUAUUUAAUCAUGAAGAAUUGGCAAGAUUGAUUUGUGGAAAUAGGGAGAAAAACUGCUUUGAAUUUCAAAUGUUGAGGUCGGUGACUAGAUAUGUUGGCGGGUUCAAUGAUAAAUCUAGGGUAGUAGUUUGGUUUUGGGAAAUCCUGCAAGGGUGGGAUUUCCGGUUACAGCGGAAAUUGUUGCAGUUCGCGACUGGAUCUGAUCGUGUCCCGCCGGGUGGGAUGUCAACUCUGCCUUUCAAAAUAUCAAGGUUAGGUUCGAAGGAUAGUGAUAAAUUACCGUUGGCACACACUUGUUUUAACGAAGUAUGUUUAUGGGAAUAUUCUUCAAAAGAGAAAUUAGAGCAAAAAUUGUGGUGGGCGGUGACUCAAUCGGAAGGUUAUGGUUUUAAAUAA